AAUUUACUGGCAAGUUUCCCACUCACCUCCAUCUUCCGUGCAUGGGACGAUUGGCAAGCUGCAGAAAUGAAAUCGUCAAACUCCCCGUCCUCUCGUCGUCUACUUGAUUUUGUUCCGUCAAUAAGACCAUCGUUUCUUUCUGUUGUAUUAGUUUUCGUUUGCGGAUGUCUCUGGGUGAAGAAUGAAACAACAAACGAACGACUGAUAGCGCUGGAAUCUCGCGUUAACCUUUUCCCCUGCGUUCAGAGUGUCUCGACUGAAAAUACUGACAGGAUAUCUCUUUCACCGACAGAAGCUACAGCAAGAGAUCUUUAUAAGAAGGUUCAGACACAUGUAUCCGAAAGGAUCGGUUAUACACCAGGUAAUAUCUUCACUUCAGAUGUUAGUUAGAUGCAGAUACUUGUUUAGAACUGAGUUUAUCCUCUUUUGAUUUAGGUAUAAUCUUUCAUAGUGUGAGUUUGCCCUUACAUACGGUAUCUUUGGAUACUGCAUAAGAUAAUUGAAUUUUGAACUUCAACUAACACUGUAUAUACCCUUUUGCAACACUCUCGCUCUGUUGUAAUACUGCUUAGAUAUUCACUAAGCCACCUAUACUGGUAAAACAAUAAAGAAAUUUACGGUGUAAAUGAUCGAUGUUGAAUAGUGUCGAACGACUUGCUCACGGUGUAAAUGAUGUUGAAUUCAUAGUUUAAGUGUUGCACGACUUACUCACGUGCAAGAUAUGUGGUCAAUACUCAGGGGGGUACUCCUUUAUAUAAGCCAUAUAAUUAUGUGCCGCCACAAAGGGUGUAGUUCUUGGCUCUUUUUGGUCUGAAGACGGGUAUAAACGUAGGUCAUUUUGGUCUGGAAUCGGGUUUGGUUUUCGAGGAACCUACUGGAGCGUAUGCAUGGCGUAGUUAUCGUUUCAGUUCCACAUGAAUAAGAACGAAAUAGAAAUAUGUGAAUUCGAAAUGCAUUUGAAGAAUUUUUUUGUUUGCGCUCUAAUCUAAGUAAAUGAUGACACAAUUUCCGUCUAAAGGCCAGGUAUGAAAACGGGUAUGGAUUUUAGAGGUCUGCAUGGUCUGAAAACGGGUGUGGACAAUUGGUCUCAAAUAGCACUGUCUGAAUAAAAUUGUUAGGGUGGCGUAAAAUUUGAGAGAUGUGCCUCUAGACUGAGUUCGGUUAAGGAGUCUAGGGCCCGCCAGCGUACUUGAUAAAACCUUUGAUAACUUCGAUAGGGUGGCAAGAUUGAAAGUACGUUUAUUAAACGGUCUCAGUUGAUUUGAAAUGUGUGCGUAGAUCGAAAAUCUAGAAUGUCAGCUUGGCUUUCCCUUAGAAGCAACAAGGGAAGAGGCGUGAGGACAAAUUAAGAAGUUGGUUGCAAUGUGUUAACCUUGUUGUAGAACGCAACCUCUAAACCGUUUAACUUUAUGUUAGAAAUGUCAACCUUAUCAUUCAUUCCGUUGAUUCGUUCGUUUUCUCUCUUAUACAUUUUUUUAAUAUUAAUCACUGGAUACUAUAAAAUUCUUAAUCUUACUUGACUGCAGUCAGCCCGUUGUCAUUAGAGGCAUCAGCAACCAUCCGGUUAAGACAGCGAAGAAACGUUUUGAACAACGCUUCAUCUGGCAUCACCAUACAUGAAGUGAGAAAAGAAAUCAGCAAACAGUUUGAACAACUAAUGCCCACCAAGUACUGUAAGUCAAGUGAGAAAGUAUGUCCUGCAGGACCCCCCGGAUAUCCUGGUCUCACUGGAGCGAGGGGACCACGUGGUAGGAGGGGACCAAAGGGAAAGAAAGGUCCUCAAGUUCCCAUGGGACCUCCUGGAAAAUCCGGAAAAACAGGAAUAACUGGUCCUGCAGGACCGAGAGGAGAAAAGGGAAGCAAUGGGGAGCCUGGGCUAAAAGGCAUGCCGGGACCACCUGGAAGGCCUGGAAAAUCGAUAUCUGCUCCACAAGUGAUGUUGUCGCCAGCAGAGCAGACACGAGAUGAGGGAGGAGACACGGCAUUUUAUUGCACGGUCGCAGGAAAUCCUUCCCCAGUCGUGGAAUGGCAAUUUAUGGGUAGAACGCUUCUGUCAGGUGCAAAGUACUUGAUUAAAGAAGGAGAGUUGAUCGUUAGAAAUCUGAAUUACAGCGAUGCUGGGUCGUACACAUGUGUUGCCAGAAACAUUCUCGGAUCGUCCGAGGCCAUUAGUAACUUGACUGUUAGAGGUAAGCGGAACACUGUACUUUUGUUAUAUCUGGCUGCUUGAUUAUGUAGGUCUGUUUGUGCUCUGUUAUUUAAUCGUGUACUUUUAUCUCGUCCUUCAUUUCAAUUCAUCCAUUUUUCGUAUUUCUUAGCCACUAGUCAAGUUUGAAGUUCAAGGUUUAACCUGAGCCAUGCAAACGUAAAGAUAUUUUAAGAAUUUACGUUUAAGACAAUAACAGAUGACAAUCUUCACCAUGUAGGCGAAGGCACACAACACGAUCCUUCCAUCACUGUUUCAUUUCUUCCAAUUUGGCUUUUUCUUGAUCGUUAAUUAAACUACCUCAAUGUAAUUAAACUACCUCAAUGCAUGACCUUCCUACAUGAUGAAUUCUGAGUUUGUUUCAAGGUGUUUUCUUUAAUUAGUCUUGACCUUCAAUAUCCUACACAACUGUUGCAUCUCUCACCUAUCUUUCUGAAUUAAUACAUUUCUUUUGCUCCCUUUUCGGCUAUGUAGUUAAACAUUGCUUAUGACAAAGUUUAUCAGUAACACUUUUAGCGAAAUGUGGAUUUAAGGGCAUGGAGCUUGAAAGGGUUUCCAGAAAAGAAACGAAUAUUAGCUGUUCAAUUUAUUGUGCAUCCUGUUAAUUUUUCGGCUCUAUUUCAGGUCUUCCAAUCUUCACAAAAGUUCCACCCUCAAUUGCCACACCAGUACAAGGUUCGACGUUUCAAGUAACUUGUCAAGCUGAAGGAUAUCCUAGCCCCGCAAUAAACUGGACUAGAGCAGCAAUGCCUUUACAUGCUGGAAAGACCAGUAUAAACCAAGGCAUAUUUACCAUUAACAACUUGAGUCCUGAUGACAGCGGUUUUUAUGAAUGCGUGGCUACUAAUAUUAUGGGAACAAAGAAGACUAGAAUCAACGUGGCAGUGCAAGUGCGUCGCUUAGGUUUGUAUUGCAGGCACCGCAUAUAUCUAAUUCAGUCAAAGGUUGGUUUGAGAGUUGGUCAUUGGCCCAAUUGGCCCUGAGCAUUUGGGCAUACGAAACUCACUGCAAUGACUUGCUUAUAGUGACCGCCAAAUAAUAUUACAGCUUCCCGAAAGCGUAAUUGCCCAAUGCCCAAAGCAAUCCCCUUGAUUGAACAAGGUAUGAAUAGAUUAAACAUUCAGUUUAAUGCCAGUCGUCUAAUCCAUAAACCAUUGCGACCUUUGUUAAACAUCGAAGAUGCCUUGCAAAGACUGUGUAUCUAGUUAGAGUCCUCUUCACUGUACCUUAAGAGUCAAUGACAGGCCCCCUUCUCUUUUUGAUCUACAUAAUGAUCUUCCAAACUGUUUGAAUGCUGGUUCUCCUUGAAUGUACGCGGACGACACUAACAUUACAUUUUCUGCACCUAUCAUACCUGAUCUCGAAUUACAGAUCAAUACUUAAAUGAAACAUAUUGGUCUCUGGCUUAAAGCUAACAGUGUAAGUCUCAAUGUCGCCAAAACAGAGUCUAUGAUUAUUAGCUCGGGGCAGAAACUACAAUCUUUAAAUGAGUACACAAUAAACAUUUAUGAAGAUGGCGUCCAAGUAAAACCAAACAACUCAUAGCAAAUCUAUUGGACUUACGGACGAUAAUCUCUCUUGGAAGGCCCACCAACAUGACAUUUCAAAAAAAGCCUCUUCAAACAUUGGUGCGCUUAAGCGAGUCGAGCCAUUUGUUUCUAUGCGCACUGAAGUUAUGAUAUGCUAAGGUCUUAUUGAACCAUGCUUUGAUUACUGUAAAGCGGUCUGAGGUGGCUUGUGCUACCGUGGUGCUUACUUAUGGAACAAUCUUCCUGAGGAUGUACGUACGCACAGCAAAUUCUCUAGAUCAGAUGACUUUGAGGGAAAGUUCACUCUCGGUUUGCUGAUCAUGCUCCCACACGGCAAUCAUGUAAAACAGUUUAUAGAACUUAUUCAUUUUUUAUUAUUAUACGAAUAUUUUAACCGUGUAUAAAUAUGUAAAGUUUAUCAUCAUCACCAUCAUCAUCAUCACGAUCACCAUCAUCAUCAUCUUAUUCUUUACUCAUCAAAGGACGAUGGACACUUUUUCGAAAGCCUAGAUACGUAAGAACUAUACCGCUGUAUCGCAUGGUGAUCAGUUCGAAUCCCACUCAUGACUGGCUUUUUUUUAAAACAUUUAAUAUCACAAAAAAAGCAAUGAGAGCUAUAUAUAUAGUCAUUGUGUAUAAGGUGCAUGCUGACAUAAAUUUGCAUUUGAAGACUUAUCUUGUGUGUUAACUGGAGUUUCAUGCUUAAAAUUUCUUAUUAGCAAAUCAAAUACAUGAAUCGGCACUCUUUCUUUAGUCACUUGCAACGUUACCCGUUUUGCUAAUUCAGCCCGGCAAAUGCAACAAUAAUCCAGUUGAUGUGAACUUUUUAAACUUUAAUAUCCAGCUUGCGAUCUUGGUUAAAUAAGAGUGUUAAAACAUUUUGAAAGACAGUUUUUCGAAAGUCUAACUUUGCCACUACGAGAACUAUACGGCCGGCUAUACCGAAAUAUAUCGCAAGGUGAUCUAUUCGAAGACCGCUUUAUUUCAGUUUUUGUUUUUGUUGUUUCUUUGUUUGUUUGUUUAUUUUUCAGGCAUUCAAAAACCAUCUAAUCACUGCUAAAGCCAGACGAGAGCUACUAUCAUUGCGACUGUAUGUUGCGCUUACAGAAAUUUGAAACUUAAGACAAUUAUGCGUGUUUACUAGAGUUUCAAUGAUCUUAAAUGCUUGGACUUCCUUAAUAGCGUGCAAAUCACGUACACGCAUGCAUACAUGAUAUCUUUAGUCACUUGCAAUGUUACUCUUUUUCUCAAUAACAUUUUCUUUUUCUCUUUUUCUAAAUAACAUUUUAAAAACUUUUUACCUGUCCAUAAGAUAAUUGUUUUCAAUUGUCAUUUUAUGGACGUUGACUUUUAAUACUUAGGUUUUGAAAGCUCAGUCAUUAGCUGUGGUCACACUACAGACUUUUACCUAGGUAAAACCAAUUUACCUAGGGCAAAUUCAUCAAAAAUCUGUCUAGGUAAAUUCAUCUCGGGUUUUGUUUUACCUAGGUAAAAAUUCUGGGAAGGUCACACUACUGAUAUCGGCUCACGCCAGUUGAAUUUUUUGGAGCGUAAAUUCAAGAAGGCAAAAUGCGCAGGGAUCUAGCUGAUCAAAGAGACGUUUUUUUCUUUUAUCUCGCUGUUAUUUCUGACGCUAAUUCAAGGUGCAAGGUGAAGAAAGGCGAAGAAGUAGACGACUCGUGCUCCCAAAAUUUCUUUCACAGCGUGAUCUAUGUCCGGUUCUGUCAUCAAGACCUUCGCCGAUGAGCGUCUAUUGGCUAGCAACCUCGGUAUUUCAUUUUUCCCUAGCUAUUGCUUUGGGGUAGCUGUCAAGGGAAACUCUAUUGUUUUCGAGACAUAUCCAAGACCCAGACGAUAAAAUUUCCCCGAGGUAAGUUACCUGGGGAAAAAUCGGUCAGACUUAAAAAAUCAAGUUUCCCUAGGUAAACUGUCAACAAGUCGUGUUUACCUAGGUAAAAAGUCUGUAGUGUGACCACAGCUAUUGUGGGAAACAACAGAAAUCACUUAACCUUGUUAAGAGCGGCCGUCCGUAAAUAUCGCCUGGGGGCGUGCAAAAUGAAAAAAUCGAAAAUCCCCAAACUUUGUCAGAAUAUAGCUCUAGGUAAACUAUUUCUAGAAAAAUAACUUUUAGUUCGAUUAGAUUUUUCUUUUACGCGUGCGGCGACCGAGUCGGUUCCGGGGCUCACAGGUUGGGUUUCACCGGCUAAAGACAGUGCAUUACUUAAAAAUCGUUUAAAAAUUAAAGAAGAAACAAACUCUGCUUCUGAAAACCUCAGUAGUAAGAGUGCAAAUUAAAUAAUAUUUUCAAUGUGAAAUUUUCCUAUUCGACAACAAACUGGAUAUUUUUCAGAUUUUUAAUUAUUUUACCUAAUUUGCUGAUUUUUGACAGACAAAAUAUUGACAAAAUUCGGACUCAAAAAUCACUUCUUGGUAUACGGCUUUGAGGCAUAACGUUCCUACAGAUAGAAAGAGCAAGGUGUCUUCCUCAAAUUAAUGCAAUAAAAUUUUUGGGCAAUCCAACGGGGAAAAUAUUCCAGCGCCAAAUGAAAGUUGCCCUUGAGGUCAAAUUCACGCCACUUUUGUCACGGUAUGCCAAGGUGUUAAAUCAACAAAAAUGCUCUUUGGGGCAAAGAAUGGCCAAAAUCCCCCAAAUCUCUUUGCAAAGGAACAAUACUUAUUAUUUUCGACUUAUUUGCAUCUGUUUCGCCAGUUUUUUACUUAAAUGAACCCGUUAACAGUCAAAAUCCGUUUGCUGUUCAAUGAAUUAACAGCCGUGAACGGCACAGAUCAACACGUUUCAAUACUAUCCAUUGCUCAUUUAAAAAGAACAAUUUAGCCCACGUCAGCUUACAUAAGGAUAUAUGACUAAAUAUAUUACUUAUCUGUCAAAAACUGAAGAGGUAUUGGAAAUAAAACCGCUAAAUACACGUUCUCUUCACAUCUGUUGCGGAGCAAUAGGACAAUGCGUUACACACAGCUGUGGGGACUGGGGAGAGGAAUGUCAGUUGUAUGGGUGUGGGGUAAGUCAGAUUUGUGCUGCACAGUGCAAUAAACCCUCCCUGAAACUAAACAAUGAUCAAAGUGAAAAUGAUAAAUCAGGGGGCUGAUCGAAAGUAUAAGGGACUGAUUGCGAAACUUUAGAACCCAAAAAUAUAUAGCACCAGGACCAGAUACCACAUGUGCUGUCUGCUCGAAGAGUAGGAGAGAGAACCUGGGAACGAGGUUGUUGUCUGCUAUCUUGGGUUAUCUCGUCUGCUGAUCUUGAAAUAUUUACUUUAAGUCUAAAAAGUGCUUUCAGAUAAAUCAGAUAAGAAAAACUCCACCCUGAAAAAUUUUUUUCAAAGUAAACGUGUGAUAGUUGAGUAAUUCUUAGAGCCAGUACCAAAGCCACCUUGCUUCCGAGUUGAAGCCAACACUCGUUGACGUAUGGCAUCGUGUGGAUAUUCCACGUUUGUUGGAGGGCCCUGUGGAGCUAGCCCUUCAAAUCCUGCAGAUGCAACGUGUGUAGCACUAGACAAAUGCACAAAAGACGUCAAGUCUCACUUAAACCAAUAUGACUGCUUUGAUUCGUCCUUGAAAACGGAAGCAGAUCUUCUUCUCGCAAGAGCAGGUAACUGAUUUGCACUGUAAAUAAAUAAAGCCUUUCCGAUGAGUUGAUCAAGUUGAUGCACUUUUACCGCUUGUUAUUAUAUGUCAUUCGUUUUAUUUUAUUUUAUUCAUUAAUAUUAAUUUGUUUAUGCGUGGCACCGCAACUCGAAAGACCUCUCAAAGGCAGCAACGUAGUUCCGGAAUUUGACUUACUAACUGUUGAUACUAACAGCAAACACAUUUUGCGAUUACCACAGGAUUGCUACAUGAAUUCACUGCGGCUUCUUUGUACAUUUUGUUUCAGGGAUUUUCGAAGUCGAUGAUAAUCAUAUUAAAAUGUCGAUUUGUCCACGACAUCGAGACGCCUUUGGUAUACGAUGGCGUAGCGGCAAAAGAACAUGUUCCGCUCCAAAAGACUGGGCGGCGCAUAAGAGUAAACAAGUCAAGGGAGAUCGGGGUAUCACCCUACCACAAUGUAAAAGGAUCUUUAGGCUCACUUCAGUGCUUGUUCCAGUUGCGUCUCGUAAGUAAUAAAGAUAAUGCUAAGAAUUGCACAAUCCUCUAGUCCCUGGGAGCUGCGUAUGCAGCCGAAAAAGAAACCCGGCUAGAUGUUAAGUCUGGUCUGUGGCGUAGGCUGGGGACUGGUACUUAAAAUUUAGAAACAAUUAGCUGCAUGAACAAAAAGCUUUAUGACCAAAUCCUAACUCGAUGGGGGUCAAAUGCAUGUCUAAAUCAGUGAUUAAAACCACAUUCGCUGUGUUACAGACACCAACCAAAUUUGCAGUGAUUAUGGAGAUUCCACUGCGUUAUUUCACGAAGGCUGAAAUGGAUAUUCCGCAGAUUUUAUCGCUGAAUAAAGAAGAUGGGAAAUGUACUCAUGAGUUGUUAUUUUUCUGUUUUAAUUUUAGCCAUUUGUAAAAAAUGUCGGCUGGUGCUUGCAUCAGGGGCACCUUCAUCCCCGUGUGAAACAAAAGAAGAUGUCCCCCCUCCAAUCGCAAAAGAGAAACGAGACGUCUGCACAUCAUUUGCUUCAUCACCGUCCAUUUCAAAAGAGGAUGUUUCUUUCAAAGUCCAACAAGCAAAGGCAAAGGUCCUGUCAGUUGUUGACACUGACGAAACUGACUCGGUAAUAUAUUAUAAUCAUCAGAAUCAGAGACAGGAUUUGGAACUGAAACAGUUUUCAAAUGGCUCCUUCUUGGGGCCUCAACGAAAAAAAACCACAUGCACACAAAGAAACAGAUGGAGGAAGGAGGAUUGUUUUAAAUUAGAUCUGCAAUUUGUUUUGCAGUUCAAAACAUGUAGAAUUAAAUCGAUGACUAAAUUUUUUUUUUAAAAUAAAAGCUACAGUUUUCAUCAUCUUCAUCAUUAUCAUCGGCCCAAUCAUCGUCAUUGUCAUUAUUUUGUAUUACCGUGAUAGUCGCUUAUAGCUUCUUAACUCCUUAUAUCAUUUUAUUAUUCUCUUUCUUAAUUUGGCUUUCUCUUUUCUUCUUUUCUCUUUUAUAUUUCAGGACAAUGAAAGUACCUCUGGUUUAAGUCAAGCCAUGAAAAACCUCGAACUUGUUUCGUUCGACAGUAGCCCUUACGCUACAGAAAGUACCGGCAGCAGCAGCGGUAGUGCGAAUGAUUCAUCAAUCGAAAACCAAACGCUUCGUCGCUUAAAGCUGAAUGAAUUUUUAAGUGUAUGUGGCAGGGAAACUGUGAAUCAACCGAAAAAAAGUUGGGAGCAACUAAGCACGCGAACUAAAAAUGUUCGCGUAUCUAAAGCAAAAGAUGCUGUCGUUGCGUCGUUAGAGGUCAUUUCUCCUGGAAACCCGGCAGCCCUAUGGGAAGCAAUGAAAAGCUCACAGUCUGUAGAAAAAGCCUUGGGCACAGAAAAUCAAUCUCCGUUGGAUAAGAAGUACCUGGAAGCGUUAGCAGAGACCUAUCAGAAUGCAAGUAGUUGGGACACCCGCCGACAGGUGUUGUCAAUAAUGGCUGAUUUGACACCGUACUCUGUUUUGCAGCAAUUUAUUCCUGGCAUCACCGACUACAGAAUCAAAGUAGCUCGCCAACAUUCCAUCGAGCAUGGACGCGGUGUUCCCUUGCCUGCCGCCAAGAGCCCUAGACUCAGGGUAGACGAAAUCCAGCUCGAUCAUUUUUUAAGCUUCAUUACCAGUCCCCACGUGGUCCAAGAUCUACCGUUUGGCCAACGCUACCUGUACCUAUCAAACGGCAAGGUACUCGAAACACCUAACGUGAUAAGGUCCAUGAUACCACAGCGCAUAAUUGAUCAGUAUAACCAGUUCUGCUUGGAGACGAAUUUUUCUCCGUUCAGCCCGUCCACAAUGUUACGAAUAUUGUCAUCGUGUACCGCUACAGUAAGAAAGUCACUUCAAGGACUAGACUACUUUGCCGCUGAAGGAGCAAAAGCCUUUAACGAUUUGCUAAAAUUAGUUGCAAGGACUGGAGACAGACAGUGGGUCGUUAGAUGCGAGCAAGCUCUGAAAGAGGGAAAACAGUAUUUGAAAACGGACUACAAGGUAGAUAUUUUAGAACCAUUUAUACUCUGAAAGAGUAAUCACAUAAAAGAAAUAAAUAUGCAAAGGCGAUCAGUUGAACCCUUAAAAAUUAUUGUAGCUAUGCCUACCUUUUAUGCUUAGUUACCCCUUUUAUACUAUGAAAUAAAUUUAAUUGUAUGACCGCAGUAAAAGAUGUGUGAUAAAUCGUGUCUAGUUUUUUGGCCAAUCAUAGGUUGAUGAUUUCUUUUUUAAGAUGUUGAAUUCAAAAUUUACCCAGAAAUUUCAAAAACACAAUGAAGAAAUUCUUCUUUGUAGAUAUAGCUUAUUAUUUUUGUUCUGACUACUUUCUCGCAGGUUCAUAUCACCAGAGCAUCCAGUAUCCCCGACCACUGUAGUGCGUACGCCCUAACUGAUACAAAAGAAGAGUGUCUUCGAGAAAUGUGUGACCACGCCCACGAAAAGAGUUGUCCCUUUUGUGAUCGGCUGAAAGACACUUUAAAAGAAAUUGAGUUGAAUUUGAUCGAAGCGAACCUGGAUGAAGAAGACCGGGAUGACGUCAUGUACUCGUUUCAGCAAGCUUAUACAGCGAUAGAAGCUUGGAAGGCUCAUCAACUGAGAUCUAUUCAACAGGAUAAGGCCCGCUUAAACAUCAUAGAUACCCUGGCAGAAAGUUCAGUGUUAAUCACUCAAGACUGGGCGAUGAAAUUCUUGCCCCGAAAGUACCGGGAAACCCAAACCGACUGGUUUGCUAAGAGAGGAAUCUCUUGGCAUAUCAGUACCGUCGUACGUCGAAAGGGAAACCUGCAACACCAAGCAUUUGUCCACAUUGUGAAGAAUUGUAAUCAAGACAGUGACGCGGUGGUAAGCGUUUUACGCCACACCUUGCAGCAGCUCAAAAUGGACCAUCCUGAAACAACAACUGCCUUUCUCCGCCAGGACAACGCUGGAUGUUAUCACAGUGUAACCAUGUUAGCUGCCUGUGGACUUAUGGAGAAAGCAACGGGAAUUAAAGUAGAAAGAGUUGAUUUUAGCGACCCGCAAGGCGGUAAGGGGCCCUGUGACAGAAAGGCGGCCACAAUUAAAGCUCACGUUUUAAGGUAUCUCAACGAAGGUCACGAUGUGGUCACUGCAGAAGACUUCCGAGAUGCAAUGCUCUCUCAUGGUGGUGUUAGAGGUGUUCGGGUGGCUUUGAUCGACAUGUCCAUCGUGUGUCCAACGUCUCUGCGUGGGAAAUUAGAGGGAGUUAGCACCCUUAACAACUUCCAUCUGGGAGACCGAGAGCUCACAGCGUGGAAAGCUUUUGACGUGGGUAAAGGAAAGAAAGUAUCAUGGACACAACUGGAAGGUCAGACAUCUUAGAAGCUAUAGAUAACUAACUCAUAAUUUGGGCACUAGUUUUGUUAUAACGUAGCGUAACUGAAUAGACAUCAAUGCGAACUACAAGAGAUAGCUGCAACGCUGUUAAUUUUAAAGUAGGUUGAGAACUGUUGUAAUUUCAGCAUGACCAUUCACUAGGCUUAAAAAGAUAAGUACACAAUACUUUUGAAGUAACGUUUGUUUUAGUGAGAUUGAGCAUCCAUAAUCCGCUUCUGAAGUGUUUUGAUAAAAAAUUCUGAAGGCCUUUCUCUUUUAAUAUUUUUUUCUUUCGUCAUUUAGUUGAAAUAGGCCCGCUAGAGGAACCAGUUUUCACACAUUGUUCAUUUUCCCAAGGAGACUUUCAAGAUGUAUCUUCAUGUGACAACGCCCAGGCCUCUAAUAAUAGAAAGGAAGAGUCGCCGACGAAAGAGGAAAGUGUUGUUUCCGCUGACCACGAAAGCCCGCUCUUUUAUUGUCCAGUGGAGGGAUGCGUAAGCACCUUUCAGCGCCACUAUAAUCUUGAGCGCCACUUGCAUUUUGAAAAAUGCCAGUUUCUCGAGGAGAAACACAGCCUCUUAGACAAGGCGAAGAUGAUGUACUUCGAAAAACUCGAAGAAGGUGCCAGUGCACAGCCUUUUGUAGCGGGCUCAGUUGUGGUAGAAAAGAGGGCGGGGCAUCUGCUAUCACCGGGUUGGGCCCUACGUUCAACUAAAAAAAGUUCUAGAUUCAAUUUCAAGCAGAAGAAUUACUUAAACGAAAAGUUUAAGAUCGGAGAACAAACUGGACAUAAAACAGACCCAGAAGACGUGGCUAGAGAUAUGAGGCACGCCAAAGAAGAAGAUGGCAGCCGCAUUUUCACACCAGCUGAAUUCCUUUCACCUCAGCAAAUUAAAUCCUAUUUUUCAAGAGCUGCAGCGAAGUUACGUCAGUCCGAAAGUUGCGAUGAUGCUGAUGAGUGCGAUGUUCAAGCCGUUGAAGAGGAAGAUGUAUACUCUUCUGUGCGCACUCGUAUAAUCCAGGAAUGCCAGGUUGUUCAUCCAGUCAUGUAUGACACGUACAAUCUGUGUGAAAUGUGCGAACAAAGGAAACUGACCAAGCUCAGCGUGUCAAUGUUGCGUUUAAUAUGCUGUUAUUUUGAUCUGAAGUGCGAAGGUGUUUCACUGAAACGUAAAGCACCUUACGUAAAAUUGAUUGAGGACCUUGUAAAAUCGUGCUCCUGCAACUAAUAUUAUUAUUGAAACUUGGGUGUCUGGACUAAUACGGAAUCAUUCACAGCUCCUACUCCUUCCACCUACUCACUCAAAUUUCCCACUACAGUAUUAUCCAAGUUUAAUUGCAUAAUAACAGAUAUUUUGCAUGUCGAUACAAAAAUAAAAUUAAUUAAUUACAAAAGUACCCUCUUAAAUUAGUCCACUAAAACGCAGGAUUGUCUCUCGGCUUGUGCGCCUGCGGAGGUAGGGUAGAGCAGUGAGUAGGGAUACGGAAUUGGGAUUAUGGAUGUUUUCACGUCUUUGAUUACUCGCCAGAAAAGGUAUAGGGGGAACAAAAGUUUCAGCUAAUUAAGAAUACGACAUAUGCCAGGUAUCCUUACCUGUGCAAGUCGUUUAAACCUUAAAUCGCGCAAUAGUACGCUUCCGGUUUGAGGUGCAUUACCUGCGCCCCUGUGUCACGCAAUUGUGACAUUCCGUGAAGUACAAGUACUCGAUCGGUAACUCGGCAUUGCAUAGGAUGGAAGCCUGUUUGUUUAUAUUGAAUCAGCUUUAAAAUGGGUAGGUGUAUAACUAGUUAGUCUCAUAUAAUGAAAGGAACAAUUAUUGUUUAAUCGUGCGUGAAAUAUUUUAAGUUCUGGAAAACUAUGAAGUUUGAAACGUUUCUCAGUAGGGAGCAAUAACAAAGAAUUUAGAUAUUGCAAGUCGAUCGCAAAUGUCACUUGUUAGCAAACGGUUUCCAACAAAAUGAACAAGAGAAAUCAUACAGCUACUUAAAAAGCAAACCUUCUUGGCAAAUACAAGGCGUUCUGUGCUACAAAGCGCAAAAAUAUUUUAAAUAACCUUUGAAUGUCGUGACAAAAUGGCGUGUUUUGACCUCAACGGUCGCUUUUGUUCGGCGCUCAAAACAUCUUGCCUUUUGGUUUGCCCAAGAAUUUUAUUGCAUUUAUGUGAAGAAGACACCUUUCUCUUUCUAUUGGUAGGAAAGCUAUGGUCCAAAGCUGUAUACCAAGGAGUGAUUUUCGAGUCUGAAGUUUUGCUAUUUUUUGUCCGUGAAAAAUGGGCAAAAUAAGUAAAAUAAUUAAAAAUCUAAAAAAUAUUUAAUUUGCCGUCGAAUAGGAAAAUUUUAGAUCAAAACAAUUGUUUAAGUUGAGCUCUUUUUGGUACGAUUCCCAGAAGCAGAAUUUGUUUCCUCUUUAAUUUUUAAACGAUUUUUAAGUAAUAUAUGGUCAUUAGCCCCUGAGAACUGCCGUGUGAGCUUCCGAACCGACUCGGUCGCGGCACGCGUAAAAGAAAAAUCUAAUCGAACUAAAAGUUAUUUUUCUAGAAAUAGUUCACCUAGGGCUAUAUUCUGACAAAGUUUGGGGAUUUUCGAUUUUUUCAUUUUGCACGCCCCCAGGCGAUAUUUACGGACGGCCGCUCUUAAGAAACUGGCUAGCAACUGUGGCAAAAAGCGUGAAUUCUCUCUGGAAGCGCUGUUGGCGUGCAUCCGUGGACGGCUGGGCUGCAAGUACAUUUCACUCCCGAUGUGACAGCAAGGGCCCGACUGUGACAAUAAUAAGGGUCGGGAGAUAUAUUUUCGGAGGAUACACAAGUAUUUCAUGGGGUAAGGGAGCAUUGUAAAAAGGACAAAAACAGAUAAAUUUGGAGAUUUGCUCCAUAAAGUUAUAUAAGAACAUAUCUUAUUAAUUACUAAUUUUUUUCCCGAUCUAUUGCUUGCAAUUGCAAAUCUUUUAAAAUUAACAUCUCCCACAGGCCGAAACCUCAGCUUCGGUGAGCUUGCAGCCACAUAAUACUCUCUCCUGAGCCGACGAACCACGCUUGCCAUUAGUUUACCAAAAUACCUGCACGUAAAUAAUAAUGCAAUAAAAAAAUAUUCAUACUAAUAAUAAUGAUGAUGAUAAUAAUAAUAACAGUAAUAUAACAAUAAUGAGAAUAAUAAUAUUGAUAAUGAUAAUGAUAAUAAUAAAGAAGUCAUAGAAACUGGUUUCGUUUUUGAUAAAUGACGAACGUUACUGAGAAACUCGAUCGAAUUUGUUUUAUGAGAAUAAGGUAUUUACUGUUUUUAAUUAAUGUAAAAAUAAUCAUCAUCGUCAUCAUUAUGACAGGCACAAGGACAAUGUCGCUAACUUAUCUUAGAAAAGCUUUUUUUCAUUUCUUUUAGCUUCUGAUUCUGGCCGGUAUCAAUACGACUCAAAAGCCUUCUUAUUUUCGCUGGUAAACAAACCAGGAUGGGCGCUGUCAAAUUGUCUCAAUCAGGGCAACAUAGUUCUAGCAAAGAAUCCAUAUGCUUUAGCUCAUCCUACGGGCCUACAUUCGGGGGAGGACAUGACAUUUACAUCAAAAACUACGCGUCAUCUAAUAGCAAUUCUUACAGCAACCUUGGCUAUACUUACAGCCCACCGAGCGGGUACAGCUACACCAGCACCUUGGCACUAACAUUCCUGGCAGGAACUUACAAGUUCACACCAGACGAAGUUGAAACCUUUUACGAAACAACCUAAUUAAUAUAAUGCGUGACACCGGCUUUGAUAUUUGAGCUGAGCUGAUUGUACAAGUAGACGCUUAAAGGGGAACGAAUGUACAGCACUAAGCAAGCCCCUUAUAUCUAAAUCACAACACAAUCAUAAGAACGUAUACUACGACAUUUCACAAACAAACGAAAAAUAGAAUUGGCAAAAAGGGAAAUGAUUUUGAUAUCUAUAACUGGUCCAACUGCUCUGACUUUAAAUGGCUGAUAAAAGCGUGUUAUAAAGUAUCUCCCAAGCUGUUCACAGCACCGCGUAGGCCUUAACCCAACCCUAAUCUUUUUCCACCUGGGUACGAGUCUAGCUGGGGGCAGCUAGACUGUUAUCUGUCAGAAAACAGUAAGAGAGAAUCAUUCUCACUUAAAAACAGUUACUUCGUUAUCACGAGGGCAACGAAAUCUCAGCUUCCAAAAAAGUAUAUAAAGUUGAAAAAAAAAGCAGUACAAUGAGAUUUUACUGAACCAGACUGUCCUCA